AUGACGAACAAACGGCUUUCUGAUAACGAGAUAUGGGAUGACUCUGCCUUAGUUCAGUCAUGGAAUGAAGCGCUCGAGGAAUACAAGGUAAGUCAACACGUCCUGCAUUUAAUAAACACAUGCUUACUAUGUCAUCUANNGAAGUACCACAGCAUGUCUGCCCGAGGCGAGCGUGUCGAGGACGUUCUAGAUGCUGUAGAGAAGGAAGAAGAGGCGCCAUCCACCACCAACCUCAAGAACGAGACUGUCGAUACAUCAACCGGCCUUCCGCCUUGGGAAUCCGUCGAAGCAGAGAAGGUGACAACUCUAGAGGUUGUCAACGAGUCAAAGGUUCAGCCUGUCGACGCGCAGCCGAUCAAUAACUCGAAUCAAGUUCCUUCACCAGGCGUUUCACAAGUCCUUCUAGACUCUGUCCAAGACGAGAGUCUCAAAGCACUUAUGACAUCUUGGUAUUUUGCAGGAUACUACACUGGUCUCUACGAAGGACAGCGAAAAGCCCAGGCGGCACAGGACCAUUCAACUCACUGA